GUGAGUUCCAUCUUUUGAUGCCAUAUUCUAGCUCAAACUUGGCCAGCAGAAGGGCUCUGGGCGUUGAGUGUCUGUGACGUUAGCUGUUAGCAGGUCAACGUUUGCUAUCCAGCCAGUAUGAAACUGAAAGAGUUGGAAAGUUGCCUUCAACAAGUGGACGCUUUUGAAGAACCUAAGAUUCUUCUUGAACAAUAUCCAACCAGCCCUCACAUUGCAGCAUGUAUGCUUUAUACAAUCCACAACACAUUUGAUGACAUCGAGGGCAAAUUGGUUGCAGAUUUGGGAUGCGGAUGUGGCGUUCUUAGCAUUGGAGCAGCAAUGCUUGAUGCAGGUUUGUGUGUUGGGUUUGACAUUGAUGACGAUGCACUGGAGAUAUUCAAAAGGAACUCUGAGGAAUUUGAGCUGACCAACAUAGACCUGAUCCAGUGUGACAUGUGCUCCCUGAGAUCCCAUGCAUAUGCCAAGAAAUUUGACACUGUGAUAAUGAAUCCUCCGUUUGGCACCAAACACAACCAAGGUAUGGACAUGCAGUUUCUGAGGACCGCUUUAACUAUGGCAACAACAGCAGUAUAUUCCCUUCACAAAACAGCAACACGAGGUCACAUACAGAAGAAAGCAAGUGACUGGGGAGUAAAAAUGGAAGUAAUAGCAGAGCUAAGAUAUGACUUGCCAGCAUCCUACAAGUUCCACAAAAAGAAAUCGGUAAGAGGCAAAUGUUGUCAAGUCUGUGUACCUUUGUUUCACCAAGUGCUUCUGAGAAUGACUUAAAAUCAAACUUUAUUGGCUAUUCACAAAAGUAAACUUGAAAGGAACAAGAUCUGUGCUUUUGGACUCAACCGUAUACACAUGAUUUAAAAUAAUUGAGGAAAAAUAAAAUGGCACUCUGAUUAACAUGUUUCUAUUGACAUGCACAUCUUUGUAUGGAGGCGACAAACAGGUGUAAUAUGCUCCUGCUGAAAUGAAAUUAUAAUGUUCAGACGCAGUCAACACAACGAAUGAAAUCCAUAUUUAAAUAAGACAAUCCCCAUAACGUAUGUUCAGGGUAGAAAUUGAUAGGUAUUGACAAUGUAAGAUGCACACCACAUUACUGAUAAGGGCUGAAAACUUUCCAAUCUUACAUUCUAAAUUGUUUUCUAGGUUGACAUCAAGGUGGACUUUCUACGAUUUUCCACAACAUGAAGCCUCCACUGGAAUGGAAUAAAGUUGUUUUCAAUGGGUUUCUUUUCAAAUAAAAUGUUUCAAUGAGA